UGUGAAAUAUCUCACCCUCUAAAUAAAUACAUAAACAUAUACAAGCAAAUACACAAAUAGAAUUGCUCCAAAAAAAACAUGAAGACUACUUACUUUUUUGUGACAACCUUCAUGGCUUUGGCUUCUUGUGCCUUUGCCUUUGAUCCCAGCCCUUUACAGGACUUUUGUGUGGCUAUCAAUGACACUAAGACUGGUGUGUUUGUGAAUGGAAAAUUCUGCAAGGAUCCAAAACUUGCUACACCAAAUGAUUUCUUUUUCUCAAUCAAAGAAGGAGACACAUCAAAUUCACUUGGUUCAAAAGUGACACCAGUUACUGUUAAUGAAAUAUUAGGACUAAACACUCUUGGUAUUUCACUUGCUCGCAUAGACUUUGCACCUAAGGGUCUAAAUCCUCCACAUACUCACCCUAGAGCCACUGAGAUUCUUAUAGUGUUGGAGGGUACCCUCUAUGUUGGUUUUGUUACUUCUAAUCCAGAAAAUCGUCUCAUCACAAAGGUACUCAACAAAGGAGAUGUAUUUGUGUUUCCAAUUGGUCUCAUUCACUUCCAAUUAAAUGUGGGAUAUGGAAAUGUUGUUGCAAUUGCUGGACUUAGUAGCCAAAAUCCAGGUGUUAUUACUAUUGCUAAUGCUGUGUUUGGUUCUAAUCCAAAAAUCUCUUCACAAGUUCUCACCAAAGCUUUUCAAGUAGACAAAAAUAUAGUUGACAAUCUUCAAAAACAAUUUUGGUUGGAUAACAACUAGAACAUAAGUUGUAUGUUAUGUUUGUGUUUUUAUCAAUUGGGAUAGUAAAAUUAAUUACAUGUAUACAAUUGAAUAAAAUGCAAGGCUUGAUAUGUACCUUGCUAUAAUUAUAUUUAUAUUUGUA